ACUCACUCAACGCUCACAUUUCAUCUUCAACAAGCUGUGAAAAGCGAGCAAAUCAAGGUUUCGAUCAGUUCCAAUAAUUCAUUCCAGUUUCAGUUCAAAUUACAGUCUAAGAUCAGAUAUGGCCUUAGAAGCUCUGAAUUCUCCAACAAUAACAGGACCUACCUUCCCCUUUGAAGACCCCAAACUCGGAGAGGCAUGGGUCAAGCGAAAGCGCUCCAAGCGUCCACGCCUCGAUCACGCUCCCACAGAGGAAGAGUAUCUUGCUCUCUGCCUUAUCAUGCUCGCUCGUGGCACCACCGCCACGCAGCGUCACGUUUCCCCCACUCUGCCGCCUCCAACGGUGACUCUGGAUCAGAAGCUUAGCUACAAGUGUAGUGUUUGUAACAAGGCCUUCUCGUCUUACCAAGCGCUCGGUGGACACAAGGCCAGCCACCGGAAGGGAAGCGAUGAGCAAUCCACCUCCACCAACAUCAGCUCUGCCGUGUCCAACGGUAGCGGUAGGGUUCACGAGUGCUCUAUUUGCCAUAAAACCUUCCCCACCGGCCAGGCUCUGGGAGGCCACAAGCGCCGCCACUAUGAUGGCGGCGACAAAGGCGGCCUAACGGUCUCUGAAGGUGUCGGAUCCACUAACACCAACACCAAUAUCACCAACAGCAGCAGCCACCGCGAGUUCGACCUGAACCUCCCCGCCUUGCCGGAUUUCGCAUCGGGAUUCUUCAUCUCUAGCCAUGACGACGAGGUCGAAAGCCCACACCCUUCGAAGAAGCCCCGUGUUUUGACGCUGCCCAAAAUCGAAGUCUAAUCUAGCAUAUUCUAGUAGUGAUUGAUUAGAUUCAUGAACCAAUUCUUUCUUCGUCAUUUCAAUUUCUUUUGUUAGAAUGAAUGAUUUUUUUUUCUUUCGCUGUACAUAGCAGCAGCAUUUCUUGUUUGUACCAGUCAGUGAGUAUUCAAUUAAUUUAUUCUUUUAUUAACAAAAAUUUUAUUCUCGUCUAA